CUAUAUUAUAAGCGUUUGUGUAGCGCCACAAAGAACCGUUUCGAAACUUUGUACACAGAAAUUCCUUGAGCUGUCAUUGUUUUGAUAAUAUAUAUUUCUGCUUUAUCUGGGACCACGACGUCUCUCAUUUUGAAAUGACAGUAGUAGCAGCAGUCUUCGUUGGUGGUGUCUGAUAUCUGUGACUGAGGCCCAGUGAUGGAUCUGAAAGCUCUGUUGCAGCGUUUUGACGGACGGUCCCGGUUUCUGGUUCACGCACUGCAUUCAGGAGCAGCCGGGGCGAAAAAUGCCCAGACGGUUUUCAAUAAACAGCGCAGAUCUGAUCCAGAUUUCACCCUCAUUCCGUUUUUGGAAACUUUGUGCCAGCAAGAAGCAUGUGUGAGCGAGGACGCUCUCGUUCUUAAACCUUUGGUGUGCUUGUUUUCUGAAGGUUUUAAGCAAAAUCUGCUGUGUUUUCUACAUCUGAUUCACCCUGGACUACCCAAAGACCGCGUUCAUCACCUCCUUGAGUGUCUGACUCAGGAUGAUGUGGAAAAUCAGUGGGCUUGUGUCUUAAUCAAGCAGCUCCAAAGAGAUAUUGAGGGGACUAGGAAAGAGACCCUCCUCACCUUAAACUGUACAGGGAAACUAAAGAGUCUCUGUGAGAGAUUCAGGAAUGCUGAUGCAAAGGGAAGAUGGGCUGCUUGUUUUGAGGGGCUUGAAUCAGAGGGUAAAGAGAGCAACGUGACAGUUUUAUCUCAGAAAAAGCGGAAGAGUGACUACAUGGAUCAUGACGGAGAUGUCCAGGAAGAUCACCAAAGUAAAAGGGUUAAGAUGGAUUUCUGGCCAUGUGACGAAGAAGAGAAGUUGACUGAAGAGGAGGAACCUAAAAUGAGAACAUCACAACUGGAGCAGAGUGCUGCUUCUGUAUCACAGGCUCAUUCUGAUGUGUUGGGAUCUUUAAAAAACCUGCCAGAGCACAUGAAGGCUGCUGUUCCUGUGAUCAAAGAAUUACUAGAUACAGAGUCAACGUGGGAUGAGAGCUCGGUGUCUGCUUUGAAAGUAUUUCAUGAAUGUGACCCCAAUGAGGUGGAGAUAUUGUGUUCGAUGCUGGGUUUGUCUGAAGCAUCUGAACAGAGUUUACCUCAGUUCUGUAGCUGUCUGUUGGAGCUGUCGCCAGACCUCAGUCACAGCACUGCUUGUGCUGUGAUCACACACCUUCUGCUGGAAAAAAUUCUGUCCCUCGCAGAACCUGCCUCUCGCUGUUUGGUAACAGCCGUAAUGUCUCUUUGCACUCGUUACCCCAGACCAACCUGCCAGGCUCUGAUAGAGCCAGUUUUACAGAAGGGACAAACUGGAAGCGCCCAGGCAGAAUUACUUUGUAGACUGGUAGUGGACUGCCUUGAGCCACAUCACAGGCUUCUUGUAUUUCAAACAAUACUUGGAGUUUCCUGGGAUGAGGGAGUGUUAUCAGUCAUCCAUGCAUUGCUGGAUUCAAAGCUUGAGCUGAGUGAGGAGGAUUUCUCUCUCUUCACCAAUCAGCUUUGCAGCCAGUCUCCACAUUUCAGCAAAUCUAUGAAGUUUGCCAAGAUGUUGCUGAGUGUCUUGACCAAGUAUCAGUCACAUGUAAACCCUGCAUGCCACCACACACUUUCCAGUUGCCUGUCUUUCAACGAAACCUUCCUCAAGAAAUCAUUGCAGGCUGCAUUAAAACGGAUUUCCCUUUGAAUCAUAUUAUGCCCAUUUUAAAUGGCUCUUCAGUGCAUGAUUUUUAGUUGCUCAGAUUGUAUAAUUUUGUGAAUAUAUUUUGUAAAUGUAAUAAAAAAUUAUUUGUGCUGUAUAGUUGUAUGUAGAUAAAAUGUAUAUAUUGAAUGGGAUAACUCUUUAUAUCAAUAAAUAUUUAUAUUAUUUAAUAAACACCAUAUUUUCAAAUUGUAUUAUUUAAGUGUUAUGUACUAACAUAUUUGAAUUAAGAUGAA